AAUUUCCAACGGGCACCCUUCGCGCAUAACGCCAUUAGCAAUGAGUCCUCUAAUAUAGGAGUACCAUAAUUUGCAAAAAUUUGCAAAAUUUGCAAAAUUUGCACAAUUUGCAAAAUUUGCACAUUUUGCAAAAUUUGCGCUAAUUGCGCAAUUUAUACAAUUUAUACAAUUUAUGAGCUCCGACCUUGAUCUUUGAAACCGGGGACGGAAAGACGGAAGAUCUCCCACGCAUGUCACAUAUGAUCUCAACGCGCUCGACGAGACUCGUGCGACUCGCUAAUUUCGCCCUGGAUCCCUAACUAUGCUAAUUAGCAGCCGCGCUAACUACUGAGCUUUGCGACGUGGUCGACAUGUACCGAACAAUGGCGUUAAAAAAAAUACGACGCAUAUAUGACUGUUUUGAAGCCUUGGAGUUCAUUUGCACUAGAUCCUCCGACUUAUCGAUCGACGGUGUAAUUCCAUGAUAAUGAGAAUAAUCAAAGUUUAGUAUAUAGUUUAUAUGUAGGUAAGGGUUUCUUUUCGAGAAAUAUUAUACGAGAGCGAAGGGAGUUCCGGCACGGAAGUCCGAGUCCAUAGGCGACUCUCGCCUGGACGACUUGACAAGAUUCGUAUCAUAAAUUCUGCUUUUCCGAUGCAGUUUUGAAACAGUAUUCACGCCUGUGACAACGUGUAGAUGUGUGCGAGGGCGGGGCGGUAUCACGUAGAGAGAAAACCUGGAGUUGGAAACACGGAAGCAUUUUUUUUUUUUCUGGACAAAAGUUUCGAAAGGGGCGCGUUCCCAUCGUACUUCACGUGCGCUUCGACGAUCCGACAAAAUUUGUAUAGACAGCUCGCAAUGUCGUCAAAUUCUGAAUGGUAUGCACAUCCGUGACAUGUACGGAUGUGCGAGUACAACGCGGUAUCGUGUCGAAGUCGAGCGUGAAAUCGGAAACACCGGAAUACUAUUUUUUUUUUUUUUUUAAGAAAUGUACACGUGGCAUAUUCGAGGAGGAACGCGUUCCCACGAGUUUUGACAGUUCUGCAAAAUUUGUAUAGAAAGUUCGAAACGUAUUGAAAUUUUAAAUAGCAUCCACCCUUAUGACGACAUGUACGUGUAAAUGCAACGCGGUACCGUGUCGAGGGUGAACGUAAAAUCGGAAACACGGGAAUUCUUUAUCAUUUUUUAUUUUUAAACGCACACGUGGCAUAUUCGGGGAGGAACGCGUUCCUCGCGUCUUUUUAGGCCUUCCCACGUGCGCUCGACUAUUCGGCAAAACUCAUAUAGGAAACUCUGAAGGUUGUCAAAUUCUAAACAGCAUCCACCCUUAUGACGACAUGUACGUGUAAAUGCAACGCGGUACCGUGUCGAGGGUGAACGUGAAGUCGGAAAGCCGAGAACUCUCUCUCUCUCUCUCUUUCUCCGUAUCUGUCUCUCUUUCCGGAGCCGCGCACGCGUCGGUCGGGGAGGGCCGCGUCCCCCACGCCUUCCGACGCCUUCCCACGCGCCCCACGCGCGCUCGAGCGAAUCCACAGGAGGGAUCAAAAGAGGUGGAGGAAUCGGCGCGCCACGCAUGCUUUCCCUCCGGGUAUUUACGCGGAUCGCGGCGUCCGCGCCGGCGAGACGGGGCGGCAUUCUCGAGCUCGCUCGGCUCCGGUAGACACGCAUCCUCGGAGACGGUGCGUUCGCCAUAGGAUUGUCUGGUGCGUUGUCUGGUGUGGCAGCGGGUGGCCAGUCGAGUCCGCCGAAGAAGAGCCAACGGAGAUGGGUCCUUUCGGGGCGGUGGGAACGCUCGCGCUUCUCCUUGCCCUCUCGGUCGGUUCAGGGGUCGCUAUCAACUGUUACAUGUGCAACUCGGUGACGAACGCCGCGUGCGGAAAGGACCUCGAUAAGGCCGAGCUGGAGCCGGUCGAGUGCACGGCCGCCAAGAUGAACAGCUGGUACGCCAAGACCCAGGACAACCCGAUUCUUAAGUCCAUCGCCCACCUCUUCGAGGUCGACACCCCGAAGCACUAUCAGACCGUCCUGCCCGACAUGUCCUGCGCGAAGAUGGACCUCACAGUCGGUGGCCGGGAGGUGACCAUCCGGAGCUGCCAGACCGCGAAGACGGAGUCGAUAGACCCGUGCAAGGUGAUCUCGUCGAAGCUGUCGGAGAGCGUGGUGGGCGCCGCCGUCGCCUCGGUGGACUACUGCGGCCUCUGCGAGCACGACGGAUGCAACGGGGCGCGCGCGCUGUCGGCCCUGCCGCUCCUCCUCUCGGUGCUCGUCUCUGCCCUCCUGGUGGGCUCCCUCGGGACGAUCGCCCCCUAGCCGCUCCCGGGCCGCCUCCCGGGGGGAGCCGAGUCA